AUGGCUAUGAAUCAAUUCCUUAACGGUCACGCUAGAACAGCAUCAAAUCAUCAGAGGACUGCUCUUGGCGAAAUUGGAAAUAUGAUACAGAACGUUGUGCCCAGUGAUAAAUGUGGCUAUAUAGUGAACCCCUAUACAGAACUAAAGAAAAAUGUCAACGGAACACUUCCUUUCAAACAAACCAAGAAGAUACCCGAACGACUUAUCCAAUCUGUGAAAAACGUUCCUAGACGCGAAGUAGGUCAAGAAAAUACCAAUGGGGAAAUACACAUUGAAAGGGAUAACUUGAACAGUUAUUCCUCACAACACCUGGAUGUUAUAUACCCCGAUUCCAUGAAUACAGAAUAUACUGCGGAUAUAUUCAAAUACCUCAGGAACCAGGAAACCGAAUGCUCUCUAAAGGAGGGGUUCCUGGAGGGAAAAGAUAUAACCUCAAGAAUGCGUACAAUUCUGAUAAAUUGGAUAAUUGAGGUCCACAUGCAAUUUGAACUGCACAUAGAUACCCUCCAUCUAUCUGUAUCUAUUGUCGACAGGUUUUUGCAAGAAGAUGAAACAGUUACCCGAGAAAAUCUGCAGCUGCUUGGCAUUACUGCCAUUUUCAUUUCCUGCAAGUAUGAGGAAACAGAUGUCCUAGAGCUGAAAGACUUGGUCUACAUGUGUGAUAAUACUUUUUCUGGAAAGCAGAUUCUCGAAAUGGAGUGGAAAGUACUGAAGAAACUGGAUUUCAAAUUGGGAUGUCCUUCAUCUUUACGUUUCCUGAGGAGUUUCAACGAGAUUUCGGGUGUUCAAAGUGAGCAUCACAGUUUGGGAAAAUUCAUUCUCGAGCUGGCAUUGUUGGAGUACGAAACAUGCUAUAUAAAACCUUCUUUGCAAGCUGCUGCAGCUCAUUGUUUAGCAGUGGGUAUUCUUGGUGGAACUAUAGACUUGUCCCAACU